AUGAGCCGACAGUUCUACAGUUCCAGAUCCUUUAAUGGAAGACGGAGUUACUCAUCUCCUGGACUUAGGGAAGGCAUCACCCUCACAGGAGCAGGCAGAAGUGGUGGCUACACCAGCAUAAGCAACUAUAAUGCCGGGCGCAGCAGAAGGCUUUCUGGCGGAGGAGUCAGUGGAUAUAGUGGCAUUAGCGCAGGCUAUAGGGAUGUGGGUGGGCCUGUGGAUUUGGGGCCGGGAAUCAGCAGGCCUGGCAGUUUUAGCAGCGUAAGUGCAGGAGGCUACAGCCGAAUUGGAGGAUACAGCAACCAAAGCUUUGGUGGCUUUAACAAUAAUGGCAUCAGACGUGCAGGCUUCAGCAGCCGCAGUCUCGGUGGCGGGUAUGGCAGGAGCUAUAGGAUUUCAGGCUUUGGCAGCCAAAGCCUGGGCAGCGGUUUCUAUAGCAGAGGAGCUGUUGCCGGUGAGGAGCCCCUCAACCGCUAUGGCGUAAGUGGUGGGAUCCAUGGGGUCCGAGUCAAUGCAAGCCUCCUGCGGCCCCUCCACCUAGAGGUUGACCCGGAGAUCUCUCGAGUGAAAGAGGAAGAACGAGAUCAAAUCAAAACCCUCAAUGACCAGUUUGCCGGUUUCAUCGACAAGGUUAGGCAUUUGGAGCAACAGAAUAAACUUUUGGAAACUAAGUGGGCCUGCCUCCAGGAAACAGAACCUGACCAAAAGAAGAGUAUUGAACCUCUGUUUGAGAACUACGUUGCUACCCUGAAUAGGCAGCUGGGAAUUUUGCUGAAUGAACGGGAACAGUUGCAGUUGGAGCAAGCCAAAUUCCAGGAUCUGGUUGAAGAAUACAAAAGCAGGUAUGAAGAAGAAAUUAAUCGACGCUUGGAUUCAGAAAACCAAUUUGUUGAGCUGAAAAAGGAUGUCGAUGGCUCCUAUUCUUCUAAGGUGGAGCUGGAGGUGAAACUGGAAACUCUUAAACAGGACCUAGAUUUCUUCAGAUGUUUCUAUGAGACAGAACUGGAGAUCUUGAAUUCCAUGACUUAUGACACGAGUGUGGUUGUCUCUAUGGACAACACUCGAACCUUUGACAUAGAGGCUAUCAUUGAAUCUGUGAAGAAUCAGUACGAGGAGAUCGCACAGCGGAGCAAGGAUGAGGUCAACAUUCUGUAUGCAACCAAGUACCAAGAGCUGCAGGACACCUGGGGACGUCACUGUAUCAACGUGACGAGCAGCCGUCAAGAGAUCCAAGACCUGACUUCCCUUAUUAAGAGACUCAAGGGUGAUAUGGAUAAUGCCAAAAAACAGGUCGAGGCACUACAGACAUCUAUUACUGAAACUGAGGAACGAGGGGAGAGCGCCCUGAAGGACGCUAAAGAAAAAUAUGCUGAGGUGGAGCAUGCUAUGCAGUCCGCUAAGGAUGAGCUUGCUCGCCUGCUAAGAGAUUACCAGGAUUUGCUGAAUGUCAAGAUGGCACUGGAUAUUGAGAUUGCAAUGUACACGACACUUCUGGAGGGAGAAGAGAACAGGUUAGGCCAUUCUACGUCUGUUAACAUAUCUGUAACUGGCAGAUAUGAUGGCAGAAUUCGCGGAGAUGGGUUUGGAGCGAGAGGAGAUUCCAGAAAUGGCAGCUUUCGCCACAGAGCUGGAUUCAGUUCUAGGAGUGGAGGACACCUUUCGAGAAGCUCCACUGUUUCUGGUUUUGGGCACUCUGGGAAAUUUGCCGUACCUCUUCACGCGAAGCCUAUGCCACUGACCCUACCAGAAGUGCCCCGGGUGCCGGUAGAUCUACUGACUCCAGAGUCACCAUCAGCAGAGAUGGGAGUAGAUGCCGGGUAG